GUCCGGUCCGUUCGGCCCGGUCCGGUCCGGUGGACACCAGGGAGAGCACACUAAUCUUAUUUAUUACAUUUGUACUUUUUUUUCCGUCUCAGAAACAUCAUGACAGAUGUGUGGCUACUCCUCACUCUCCGCCGGUGACCUUUCACCUCUGACGGAGAAAUGUACGGGAGCCGUGGACCAGGUCGGUCCCGGUGAGGAGCGUGUCGGAGAGGCUCGGUUCGGCAGCGGUGACCGGGGACCAGUGACCUCCAGACGGGGUAAAAGUGGACCGAGUGUUUGCGACAUGGUGGCAGCGAUGCCUGCGGAUCGGCUGCUUUAGGGGGCCGCAGCGCCCGCCCUGUCCGGCGCCAUGCAGCAGAAGGGCGCCAUCCAGAUUAUAGAAUGGGAGGACCUGGACAAGAGGAAGUUCUACUCCCUGGGCGUGUUCAUGACGCUGACCACGCGGGCCACCGUCUACCCCGCCAGCCUCAUCCGCACCCGCCUGCAGGUGCAGAAGGGCAAGAGCCUCUACUCCGGCACCUUCGACGCCUUCUGCAAGAUCCUGCGGGCGGAGGGCGUGCGCGGCCUGUACCGCGGCUUCAUGGUCAACACCUUCACGCUGGUGUCGGGGCAGGCCUACAUCACCACCUAUGAGCUGGUGCGCAAGUACGUGUCCCAGCACUCGCCCAGCAACACGGUGAAGUCGGUGGUGGCGGGAGGGGCGGCGUCGCUGGUGGCCCAGACCAUCACGGUGCCCAUCGACGUGGUCUCCCAGCACCUGAUGAUGCAGGGGCAAGGGGAGCACCUGACGCGCUUCAAAACCAAGCCCAAGAUGAUGCUGGCGGCCUCCAAGCGCAGGCUGACCUUUGGGCAGACCCGCGACAUCACGGUGCAGAUAUUUGCAGCCGACGGCUUCAGGGGCUUCUACAGGGGCUACAUCGCUUCGCUGCUGACCUACAUCCCCAACAGCGCCCUCUGGUGGCCUUUUUAUCAUUUUUAUGCAGAGCAGUUGUCUUUAUUGGCGCCGAGCGAGUGUCCGCACCUGAUCCUGCAGGCUUUGGCGGGACCAAUGGCCGCAGCCACCGCCUCCACCAUCACCAACCCCAUGGACGUGGUUCGAGCCAGAGUGCAGGUGGAGGGUCGGUCGUCCGUCAUCGAGACGUUCAAGCAGCUGCUGGCGGAGGAGGGCGUCUGGGUGAUGACCAAGGGUCUGUCGGCCCGCAUCAUUUCGUCCACGCCCACCUCGGUGCUGAUCGUGGUGGGCUACGAGACCCUGAAGAGGCUGAGCCUGCGGGCCGACCUGAUCGACUCCAGACACUGGUGAGAGCUGCGAGGGACGCGGCGCUCUGACUCCAGAUCAGCUCCCACCUGCCUUUCAGACCGGCGUGAUGAUCAGGAAAGAUUCUGGACCGAACGGGCAUCACUUUCUGGAACCGUUUCUUCACAAGAUGCAAAGAGAGAAUUUGCCAAGAAUAAUGAAAAUGUAAAAUCUGCUGAUGAAGUGACUGAAAUGUGACAACACAUUGCCUCUGGAUGUACAGUAGAGACGUAAGCUCCUGGACUGUGUUUUAAUGAGUGAAUAUAUGUAAUAGAUUGAUUCUUAUGCAGACAGCUGUGGUUUCAGGCGCUGCCGGUGCAACAAGGCAGCCUAAGAUUGUAAAUAUUUGGACCGGGGUUCAGUGGUACAAGAUCGUAUCUCUCUGAUACUACUCGAGUCUUUCUGACUUUAAGUUAAAAUCUAUACUUCAAAUCGUGAUGAAAGACAUUAGAAUGCCUCAUUCUUCUGUUCAGCAUCCACUUUUUUUUAAGCUCAAAAUUCAGUUCCGGUCUGGAUUGGUAUGGUAUCAUAUUAAUGUUUCUGCAGUGAGUUUCCACUGUGCCAGAAUGCCUUCCUGAAGCAGAGCUCGGUGUGUGUCUGCAUUCCAGUGAAGAAGGUUCAAACUGAGGGGGUGAGAUUCCCCGGUGGGGACCAAAGUUACGGGGGACAAAGAAAACUCAGCAUUAGGGUUUCUACUCAGUCUCACUGGUGUUUAUAACAGGGGAGCAAAAGAUGGAGACGACUGAUGAGCGAGAUGCAGCAGAAGUUGGAUCACUGUUUGGAUUUUUCACUUCACCAGCGUGAACACCUGAAAGACUCAAAGAGGCCUAAAUCUUUAAAUGUGACCAUUAUAAAUGUGACCUACAUAAGCAUCAAAUGUGUUAGCCCUCGCUUCUAUUGAGGCCCCACGCUGGUAUUAUUAGGUAUGAUCAGUCUGUAAAGCGUGGUGCUUUUUGUUUUAUGCUCAUGUUAGUUGAUGGGGCCAGUCAGGCCGAUACUCCUUUGUUUUAUUAAGUGACUUAAAACCAACUGGAGCUGGAUGAGGAAUAAAGAAGCAAACACACAACGCCACAAGCCUUAGAUCCAGUCAGAGAGGAGGGAGAGUCCACUAUUUCCUCUCUGUAGUUCUGUACAGGGAUCAAACAUGCUGUUUUGUUACACUCUGUUGUUUGGAUUGAGUAGAAACGGGCACGGAGGGCAUGAAGGCAGCAGCAGCACAAAUAAACCAAACACUCGACUGCCUUCAGGGUUCCCACAUCACCGUCGGGCUGAAUGAACAAUGCUGUGACGCCUGGGAGGAGCUCUGAAGUGCUCACUCACACUGCCAGAAAUCACGCCUGUGAUACCUGCCUCUUUGUUUUGGAUUUUACUUUUUACAUUUUCCCGUUUGAACACAGACGUACAUGUGAAUAGAAAUGAUUUCAACGUUUGCUUCAGUCUUGGAUAGCAAACAAAAUGAGGAAUUGUCAAGUGCAGUUUGAUGUGUUUUAACCAUUGAGAACUUGUGGAUAUUUGAAAAUAAAUUCUGAAUCA